AUGGCUAGCCAACGUCACCCGCGAGAAUACACGGAAUAUGUACUUCACGGGAAACCUGGUAUAGGAGGUGUGUUCGAAAAGGCAGAACGGCGGGCGUGGAAGAAGAUUUUCGCUACUCACGCUAAUUCUGAUAACCGCUGGGACCGGCAAUCAUUUGAGUCUUUCUUGAUGACGCGAAUUCCCCACGAUGAGAAUCAUGUACACCUCUUCAGGAAAUGCGCAGACUCCUUUUGGACACUGGCCAUCUACUUAGCACAAUGGCCCUUCAACACAACAUCAACAUGCCCACCAAUCAGCCUCACAUUUUCAUCCUUUGCUCGUUCCAUAGCUUUCCUUAGCGGAGGGCACUGCCAUAUGGAUUGGCCCAUCAAGGUUACACCUGAUGAGCCAGAGCGGUCUGAUCUAUGUGCACUCGAGUACAUAUUUCGAGCCCUCGCCACGACCAAAGUAAUAGACGAGUUUUCUAGCCCAGUACCUGAAGAAGAAGCCACUGAAUUGUCACGCCAGCACCACGAUAUACUUGAUGUCCUAUAUUCAGUUCAGCCAGUGAUGAACUUUCUUACCUGGCAGCUGGGACCUCAUGAAUUGGUCCCGACAGCUCUGAUGUUAUCUCCUCCCCCUCCCCCAGAGCUGUCUAAUCUCAACGUCCCAGCUGGAACGCUUAUUUCGCUCCUUGACCUCCUCAUACCAAUCCUCGAUCGAUCCCGCGAAGACUCUUACUAUCGUGUUUUGCUGGGUAAGCUAAAGGCAGCUUACGUUAAGUUGCAGAGCGUGGAGGCUGUGUCAUUUGACGACUUUACAGGUUGGAUGGGUUCCCGUUAUGAGACCAAUUUCUACACUGCUAUUUCUGUGCUUUUUCGCAUCUCCCCAUGA